GUUGUUUUUUAAUUCAUUUAGCUAACUACAUUUUAUACAAAUAAUUAAAUCUCAUCAUGGCUAUAAGUUCUGCUAUUGAGACAGUUGUCCCAUAUUUAACAAAAUGGUAUAGUAUCUUAGUGGGAGCAAUACUCGUUUAUUUCGUUACAAACUAUAUCAAACAAGAAAUAUUUAAAAGAAAACAUGGUUGUGUUGAAGGACCAAUUUUACAAGAUACUGGUAUCUUCUGUAUUCCACUUUUAUUAAAAUUAUUAAAAGUUAAAAGAGAAGGAGGUUUAGGUGAAAUGACUUACCAUUUUUUCAGUAUUAUGCCCCAAUCUUUUGUUAUUAGAUUGAUAGGUGUUAGAAUUAUAAUGACAUGUGAUCCAGAGAAUAUUAAAGCUGUUUUGGCUACUCAAUUUAAUGAUUUUGCCCUUGGUAAUAGACAUGAACAUUUUAAACCAGUCUUGGGUGAUGGUAUUUUCACAUUAGACGGUGAAGGAUGGAAACAUUCAAGAGCAAUGCUUAGACCACAAUUUGCUAGAGAUCAAGUUGCUCAUGUUCAAGCUUUAGAACCACACAUGCAAGUUUUCUUUAAACAUGUUCAAAAUAAUAAAGGUAAAACAUUUGAUCUUCAAAAAUUGUUUUUUGAAUUUACUGUUGAUACUGCUAGUGAAUUUUUAUUUGGUGAAUCGGUCCACUCAUUAUAUGACGAAUCUGUUGGAUUAAAGACUCCAAAUCAUAUUGAUGGUUUGGCUGAAUUUCCUCAUGCUUUUAAUACUGUUCAACAUUAUUUAGCUUCAAGAUCGUGGUCUCAAUUUAUGUAUUGGGUUAUUAAUCCAAGUGAAUUCAGAAAAGUUACCAAAAUUGUGCAUAAAGUUGCCAAAUAUUACGUUGAUAGAGCUUUGAGUUUAACUCCAGAAGAAUUGGAAGAAAAAUCCAAAAGCGGUUACGUCUUCCUUUAUGAAUUAGCUAAGCAUACUAGAGACAGAAAAGUUCUUCAGGAUCAAUUAUUAAACAUUUUAGUAGCUGGUAGAGAUACUACUGCUGGUUUAUUAUCCUUUACUUUCUAUGAAUUGGCUAGAAAUCCAGAUGUAUUUGAAAAAUUGAAGGCUGAAAUUAAUGAAACUUUUGGUUCUGGUUCUAAUGUUGAUCUUUCCCUUAUUACCUUUGAAUCCUUAAAGAAAUGUGAAUACUUGAAAUGUGUCUUGAAUGAAGUCUUAAGACUUUAUCCAUCUGUCCCAAUUAACUUUAGAGUUGCUACUAGAGAUACUGUGUUACCAAGAGGUGGUGGUCAAGAUAAUAACUCACCUUUAUUUGUUGGAAAGGGUUCUACUGUUGCCUACUCUGCUUAUGUUACCCAUAGACUUGAAGAAUAUUAUGGUAAGGAUUCAUUAGUAUUCAGACCUGAAAGAUGGCUUGAAUCUCAAAAAUUAGGUUGGGCUUAUGUUCCAUUUAAUGGUGGUCCAAGAAUUUGUUUAGGUCAACAAUUUGCCUUGACAGAAGCUUCAUAUGUUGUUACUAGAUUAAUUCAACAAUUCCCUAACUUGGUAUCUAAAGAUAGUGGUCCAUAUCCACCAAGAAAGAUGAUGCAUUUAACUAUGUGUCAUAAUGAAGGUGUCUUUGUCCAAAUG